AUGAUUGAGCACGCAGGCGCCGACUUUGACAUCGCUUGGAAGCUAAGCAUGCAGAUUUUCCAAGGUGAGGACGUCCCUGAAGAGAUAGGGGAGCAGGAUGAAGAGUACUUGCGCAUCAAGGAGGAACGGGUACGUGCCAACCUCCCGGCGGACUCUCCGGCCGUCCUUCGAAGUCGCCGAAAGGUUAUUCAACACGCCAAAUCAGCGGCAUUCAUGAUCACCAAGCCGUGUAUCCACGACCAGGACCUGAGCGAGGAGAUCAUGUGUCUUUAUCCAGAACUUUCAAUCCAGCAGCCUUAA